AUGGUCAUGAUAUUCUUGAUCCAGGUGGACUCCCGCCUCCACACGCCCAUGUACUUUCUGCUAAGCCAGCUGUCCAUCAUGGACACCCUUUUCAUUUGUACCACUGUCCCAAAGCUCCUGGUGGACAUGGUUUCUAAAGAGAAGACCAUUUCCUUUGCAGCCUGUGGCAUCCAGAUCUUCCUCUACUUGACCAUGAUUGGCUCAGAGUUCUUCCUGUUGGGCCUCAUGGCCUAUGACCGCUACGUGGCUGUCUGCAACCCUCUUAGGUACCCAGCCCUGAUGAACCGCAAAGUGUGUCUUCUUCUGGCUGCUGGAGCCUGGUUCGUGGCCUUGGAUGGCUUUCUGCUCACCCCAAUCACCAUGAAUGUCCCCUACUGCGGCUCCCGCAGUAUCGACCAUUUCUUCUAUGAGAUCCCUGCAGUUCUCAGACUGGCCUGUGCUGACACAUCCUUGUAAGAAACCUUGAUGUACAUCUGCUGUGUACUCAUGCUGCUCAUCCCCAUCUCGAUUAUCUCCACCUCAUACUCCCUCAUCUUGUUGACCGUCCACCGCAUGCGCUCCUCUGAGGGCAGGAAGAAGGCCUUUGCCACGUGCUCUUCCCACUUGACUGUAGUCAGCAUUUUCUAUGGGGCUGCCUUCUACACAUAUGUGCUGCCCCAGGCAUUUCACACCCCUGAGCAGGACAAGGUGGUAUCAGCCUUCUAUACCAUCAUCACGCCCAUGCUCAAUCCUCUCAUCUACAGCAUCAGAAACAAAGAU